UUUGUGUUGGUAGGUGUAACACCAUGCUCCUCCUCUCUAACUAAACAGGCUGGGAACAGCAGUCCCGAAUCAGUUCACUAUCUGAGCUCAGACAAGACAGCUUAUCCCACUCCUACCCCUCUGCACUGGCUUACACACUACUGGCUCCCUGCAAAUCUUCUCCAUCCAGCACCAGGGUCUGAGCCGCACCAGCAGCAAUGUGGGAAUAUAAACAAUUUCUGCUCCUUUCUCUGGCCUUUACCUCCACUGUAACAGCACUCAGCAAGGUGUUGGGCGAUACAGAUCAAGUUCGGAUGACUUCUGAGGGCUCAGACUGUCGAUGUAAAUGCAUUAUGAGACCAUUAAGCAAAGAGGCCUGUUCCCGUGUUAAAGGCGGCAACAUGCGCGUGGAAGAUUAUUAUACAGUGGAGACGGUCAGUUCGGGCUCAGAUUGCAAGUGUUCCUGUACAGCCCCUCCAUCGUCUCUCAAUCCUUGUGAAAAUGAGUGGAAGAUGGAAAAAAUGAAGAAACAAGCUCCAGAGCUAUUUAAGCUGCAGUCUAUGGUUGACCUCCUGGAGGGAACGUUGUACAGCAUGGACCUAAUGAAGGUGCAUUCCUACAUCAAUAAAGUGGUAUCACAGAUGAACAAUCUUGAAGAGACAAUAAAGACAAAUUUAAGCAGAGAGAACGACUUUAUGAAAGAAAGCGUUGUGAACCUGUCCAAUCAGAUGAAGAAAUAUGAGAACUAUUCCGAAAUUAUGCUGAGUAUAAAGAAAGAAAUUUCAAAUCUGGGGUAUCAGUUGCUACAGAAGGACGCACCGGAGAACAAAGUACAGGACACAGCAGGAAUCAAAGGUCUCACCAAAUUUUCCAGCAACAAAAAGAAUGAAGCAGAAAAGUCUUUGCCUAAAGUUACAAAGGAAAAGCCACCAAAAGCAGAAAACCCCAAAAAAGAAGCCAGCAAAACCAAACAAGUUCCUCCUCAGCCAACACCAAGGCCCAGGUCCCCUGUCCUUCAGCCUGUGGUUAUACGUGGUGUAACCUAUUACAAAGCUGGGCGCCAGGAGGAGGCUGAACAUGCUGCAGGCAACAGAGACAGUGUUGUUAAGGGAUCACACCGAGGAGUAAAGACAGAGAUUAAAUUAGAAGGGAAUAUCACAGAAUCCUACCUCAUUAGGGAAGAAAGAAUUACAGCCACUGAAAAAACAACACCAACAGCCACACCUACCACAACUCCAACCACCCCUCAAUCAACAACAACCAUGAGAAGCACAGUUACCACAACUACAGAAUAUCCACCAACUACCCUUUCUUCUACUGUCCAUGGAGCUGAAGCUGAGACAAAUAAAGUCAGGGAAGGUGAGUGUGAAGGGACCAUUGCUUCUGUGGAGACGCCAAAAAAACAUCACAGCUAUGGGCGCAAUGAAGGAGCAUGGAUGAAAGAUCCAACAGCCAAAGAUGGAAGGAUCUAUGUUACCAACUACUAUUAUGGAAAUAAUCUUGUGGAGUUCCGGAACCUUGACAACUUUAAGCAAGGUCGUUGGAGCAAUCUUUACAAGGUCCCUUACAACUGGAUUGGGACUGGACAUGUGGUGUUUCAAGGAGCCUUUUACUACAACAGGGUUUUUACCAAGAACAUCAUUAAAUAUGACCUAAAGCAGCGCUUUGUAGCCGCUUGGACCCUCCUGCACGACGUAGUAUAUGAAGACACUACCCCUUGGAAAUGGAGAGGUCAUUCUGAUAUAGAUUUUGCCGUUGAUGAAAGUGGCCUUUGGGUUAUCUACCCAUCUGUGGAUUAUGAUUAUUCUCAACAAGAAGUCAUCGUUAUUAGUAAGCUUGAUCCUAAUGAUCUAUCCAUAAAGAAGGAGACAACUUGGAAAACGGGGCUUAAACGCAACUCCUACGGAAACUGUUUUAUCAUUUGUGGAAUCCUCUAUGCUGUCGAUGUCUAUAAUCAAAAGGAAGGAAUGAUUUCAUAUGCAUAUGACACUCACACAGACACAGAAGCAGAUCCAAAGUUACCUUUCAUUAAUGAAUAUGCCUUUACUACACAAGUAGACUACAACCCCAAAGAGAAAGUGCUAUAUGCCUGGGACAAUGGACACCAGUUAACUUACAAGGUGAACUUUGUUGCAUGAAUGAAAAGCUGCAUUGUUAAGACACAGGUCAGCCUUCCAGAAAGAAAGCACUUUUAACAUUGGUUACAACGUGUUGCUUGGGGAGCAACUAAAGUAUCUUCUGGCUAUUAGGAGAAAAUGCCCCAGGCAAGAAAUGGCUUAGCAAUGUGGUAUAUGACUAAGAAACCACAACUGACUGAAUGGGAACUGAGCUGAAUGGCUCAAAGGAUAAAAGAGACCCCAUUUCAUUGUCAACAUUCUGACAUCCCAUCUUAUUUUUAGUUAAACCUAAAUGUCUUUUCAUUUUCAUGAAUAGAGGAGACAAAAUGAGUUUCACAAAAUGAGUUUGCCAAGGGACCACCAGGCCAAGAAAAAUUCAUAGAUAUACUUUUUAUUCUUAUCACUGUAUAGUUAUUUUCAUACUACUCUUAUUGAUAGAGUAUUGUUUUUAAUUGAAUUUUAUUUGGCUGUGUUUUCUGAUUGGCCACCGGCUUAAGAUGCAUUGUGUUGGUGAAGCCUAAAGAAAGAAACUCAUUAACAUUAAGUAAUUUAAAAGGACUUUUCCACUUUUUAAGAAGCAGCCAGCCCACUUAUUUUUGCCAUUUAUGUGUUUCAUUGUAAAGCGUCAAGGGAUAUUCAGCCCAAACUACCAGUGUUAUUUGCUUUGUAAUAAAAAGAGAACUGUGUAUAUCAGCUUGCUAAAGCAGCCUGUCCUUUUGGUCAGUAGCUUUACUUGAUUGGAUCCAAAAUUUUGAAAUGAUUCAUAUUAAGCAAAAG